AUGGAGGACGACAAAGUCACCUUUAAUGGCAGAGUAGGGUAUAGAGAUGAUGACGGUGAUGUUGAGCAAUCUGGUUUCAUGGUUUCCUUGCCCUGGCUCUCCUCUGCCGUCGACGUGCUCACCAUCGCUCACUCCGUAGUGAAAUCCUUAAUCUAUGAGCUGAAACGGGACGGUAGCGACAGCCUCUUGUCGUGGUAUUUGGACAACAGCCUGAAGGUCCUGGAUGUUUGCAACUGCAUGUCCUCCAAGAUCGAGCGACUGUGUCUCCGCCAUUUGGACCGGAAGAUCGCGAUGAAGCUCCUCAGCUCGGAGGGCAACCCAUUGGAGGAGGAGAUUCACCAAGCGAGGGAUUUGCUAGCAGAUUCGGAGGGCGAGGUUGACAGAGUUGUUUGCCAUGCGGUCCAAGCUGUCAAUUUCUUGACAGCAUUCGUUGUCAGAGUUAUAUCUUCGGCCUUGCGCUCUUCCUCGGGGCCGGUCAUCUGCCUCCACAUCCCAGAGGAGUUCCCUUGGGGUGACUUUGUCCGUGCAAUCGAGUCGACAAUUAUCGUGGAGUCGAGAGGUGGCAAGGAAAGGGACAGGAAGAUGCGGGUGUUAAAGGAACUUGAUGAUGUGGAGGCACAUGGGAGGCAUGUGCUUGAGGUGAUUGACCAGGUGGUGGCAUCAGGAGGCGGCAGAGAGAUCGUGGGGAGGCUGAGGGAAGCAGCGGCCGGGCUAGAGAAGGCCACUGAGGCGCUGUUGGAGGGGUUGUAUCAACUGAGGGAUGAGAUGAAGAAGCUGCUCUUGACAGUGAGGAGGAUAAGGAAGGAGAUGGCAGACGACUUUAGAGCGAGCUUGUGA